AUGACGACAACUCCUUCGUCUGAGAAGCUAACUCUGGAGAGCAACGACGGAACCCUACUCGAGAUAGACGUGAAAAUCGCACUGACAUGGCAGCUUCUGAAAAACAAGAUCGAUGACGGUUGCGUAGACGGCGUAAUUCCGAUAGAGAAUGUGAAUGGCGAGACGUUGGCCAAGGUCAUCGAGUAUUGCCAGAAGCAUGCCAUGGCCGCCGACGACGCAGAGCUCCGCAGGUGGGACGCUGAGUUCUUGAACGUGGACUGGAGCUCUCUGUUCGAUCUCACGCUGGCGGCGGAUUAUCUGCAAAUCAAGAGCCUCAGGGAUCUAACAAUCCGGACUGUGAGCGAUAGAAUCGUGGAAAUUAAGAGUCCGGAGGAGUUUCGGAGGACUUUCGGCAUCAAGAAUGAUUUUUCUCCUGAAGAAGAAGCACAAAUUCGUAAGGAGAAUCAGUGGGCCUUUGAUGGCUACCUUUGA